AUGAAUUCAAUUCUUCAAUGCUUGGCUCAUACUGGUCCUUUAUUAGAUUAUUGUCUGCCUAAAAAUUAUCUUGUUGACAUUAAUUAUACAGCAAGUUCCAUGAAAGGAUCUGUUAUUAAAGCUUUUGCAAAUCUUGUACAACAUAUGUGGAAAAAUGAUGAACCAGUAAGUCCUCAAGAAUUGAAAGGACAAAUACAAAAGUUUUCUCCUCGUUUUACAGGACAUAACCAGCAUGAUGCACAAGAAUUUUUGCAUUUUCUGCUUGAAGGAUUACACAAUGAUGUUAAUCGUGUUAAGAACAAACCAACUCCAUUGGAAAUAAAUAUUGAUGAAAAACUAAAGUAAAAGUUUUUGCAUGAUUUUAUA